AUGAACCGUCAGCCAGAUAGCGAUCUGCCCGGGCUCGGCAGCCCCGGCAGCCUCAAGGCUGUCUUCGGCAGCUCACAUGCUCGAGACUCGGAUUUCAUGGACGACUUUGUCGACGAGAUCCUGCCCGACUUCAUGCAGACCUCCAUCUCGGCAUCCAUCGCCACAUCCGGACGCCGCUCCCGCCUGGAUGAAUCCGCAGGAGAGGGCCUCCGCAGGAAUGUUCUACUGCGCAACGCCAUGCUCUCCAGCCUUGAGCGAGAGCGCCGCCAAACAGAAGUAGAGCUGCGAGGCUCCAACGUCCCUACAUCUCUGGCUUCAAAGGAAACUUCUGUGGAUGAUGCCAUUGCCAGCACUCUUAUGGACGAGGAAGCGCAGUUCUUUGAAGACCUGCUCAGCGAGCUCACGGGCUCCGACAGCAUUGAUCCCCCAAGCUCCGUCCUCGAGCUUCCAGCAUCAAGUAGCGACGCACUUCGCUUUGCUCCACACGAAUCUGCUUUGGCCGUCAAGCAAGACGACGGUGAAGAAGACUUUAUCGAGCUCGAGGCGGAAACAGAAGUCCAAUUCGCCUCAACUCCCACGAGUUUUCCGGCGGAUCGAGGGUCUCUCAGCCUGGACCUUCCUGUUCGGACGCUCAAUGACUCUUGCUCGAGUGCAUGCUCAGCGUUGGCUGCUGGCUCAGACUCUGGCUUUGCAGAACAGACUUCGCGCCCGCCAUCCGUCGCCAGCUGCUGCACUGGCUAUCCUCACGUAUGCCCGUAUCCUGCCAUCUCUGGAUGCAGCGCUGCCUCAUCGGAGGAGCUGCCCGCUUUAAUCGAUGAUGACAGCGAUCUCGAAGAGGACGAAGACGAGGUAGAGGAGAGAGAUGCGGCCGCGUUCGAUGUCGGUGCCGAUGCCGACGCAGCGGUCGUAGCCGCCGCCGAUGCCGACACGUCGCGGUCGCGACCUCUGUCGCCAAUCCUCUCGCCUGUCCACUCGGUCUUCCUGGAUUGUACGAGCCUGCGCGAUCAACUUUCGCCAGAGUCGUCUCGGCCAACUUCGCCGAUCUCUAGCGCAUCGUCCAAGGGCGACGGCGAAGGGCCGAGCCCGCUGCUGAUUGCGUCGGAGCUAGGCGCACUCCCGUCGCUCGCCGAGCUGUCGCUGCAGCCUCACAUCCUGGGCCGGCCGCCUCGCCUGCUCACGUCGGCGUGGUUCGAGACCAAGGCAGAAGCAUCGGGCGGUGCAAGCACGAGCGCCGAACGCAUGCGCUGGACCUCGGCGCCCGCCACCCAUCUUCGGUCGCCACCGACCGUGCCGGACCUUGUUCCCAAUAGACCGGGGCUCGCCCCGCACCGCAACAUUGCGCCGUUCCAGCCGCCGCACACCGACGCCAAUGACACCUCGAUCGUGGUUCAUUGGACGCGAUAA